AUGGAGAGGGGACUGAGACAGACAAAUGAGUCAUUCACCGAAAGCGUUUCACUUCAAGUCCAGAAACGGCUGUCUACGGUGCAAAGCGAGAAAGGUGAACCCAGUCUGCAUUCCCAGCGAUACGCAGUAACUAAAUUUGCCAGAUCAAAUGCGACGAAAAGAAGCCAACUUGCGGUCGCUGCGAAGCGAGAAAUCUUCACUGCCCUGGAUAUGCUCUUAAUGUUCGAUGAGCCAGUGCAAACUGUGCCGCAACAACCACUGCCGGAUGAUCCGUCACUGUUGGCUCGUACCACUGAAACAUCUAUUCGAGACGACGAGUCUGAACCCUGGUUGAACAUGCCAAGCCAGUGGGAUUCCAUGCCAUCUGUGACUCCUCCUCAUGUAGAAGCCACUGAUGCUGCUGUUGUCCUACUGGAGCCCGAGUCUAUGGAAUCUCCUGAUGCUACUUGGGAGUGUCCUGAUUUGGAUGGUAUGGCAUGGUCCGAUAUCCAAGACACUCUCCCUUUACCAUUUAGUGUCAUAGAACAGCUGAGUGGCCCUCGAGUUCUACAAACUGAGGACAUAUCGGCAACACAAUUGCUGCCUCCGACAUCGGAAAACCCUUUCCAGAUCACAACUCUACCUCAGCGUCCGAUGAUGGACCAAGUACAAGUGCCACGUCAAAUACUUCAUGUUCCCACCGCCCUCUCCGAGUACUUCUUCUCAGAGGUCAUUCCUCUUUACUGUGUUUGGGACAGCAAGCUGAACAUAAUGCGUAAUAUUACCGAGACCAUGUGGCAAUCAUCCGGUGCUCUGCAUCACACUAUCCAAAGUAUGGCGGCAGCAUGUCUAUCAGAAAAUUUCCCUCAUUUGCUACCAGUAGCCAGACAAGAACAUUCUCGCGCUCUAGUAUUUAUCAAAGACAAAACAACAGUAACGGCCCAAAAACAGGCUAUGGCUCUGGCUGCUACUUUCUUGGGUCAUACAUCAAGCUGGAUAAGUCCAGACAAUCUCGCCCCGGACAUGUAUCAAACUAGUUGGGAUAUUCUUGAUGAGAUGACUACCGACAAUGGAAGUUCGGCAACGUCCUUCUUUGACAAUACCAUGGACUACUGGGCGAUGCUGCUUGCAUACCUAACUGACACCCAGCACCUAAGAAUCUCUAAGAAAUAUUCUCCUCUAGCCGCGACAAGACAAGAAAAGCUAGUAGAGCCGCACCCCUACUGCGGUAUAUCUAACGGAGUCAUCAAGAUACUGAGAGACAUUGGAAUUAUCAUAUUCACUUACAGAAACCAAAUGUCAAAAGCCAGUUUCAUGACAGAGGAACACGUCGACGUCUUCAGGCAUUCACUGCGAGAGGCAAGACGCCUGGAGAGAGUCCUAUUGGCCCAUCGACCGCCCGACAUGUCACAGAUCAAAGACCCAGGUGAUCCGCAAACGCCGCUGAAGCAUCUAGAGCUAAUGGACGAGGCUUAUCGAUUUACCGGUCUGUUACAGCUGUACCGUGUCUUCCCAGAUCUUCUCAUUGAGCGCUAUGCGCCAUGGGAUCAAGAGAAAAUACUCCAGCCUCUACCGGGGACCAAAGCCCCGACCAUUGAGGAAAGACAAACUUGGCUUACCGAACUAGCAUUGCAUGUCAUUACAAUCUUGGAAACUAUUCCAUUUGAAUCACACACUCGCAGUGCCCAGCCAUUCAUCAUGGUCGCGGUAUCUAGCGAAUUAGUACUUAGUUCUAAGCAAACAUCUUCAGGCGACGACUUUGAGACCCUUGAUCAUUUACCAUUUCGUGUUACUAGGGCUCGCAAGUUUCUUGCUUCUAGAUUAGCAGCAUAUACUCAUAUCUUACCCCUGCAGAAGACUCGGGCUAUUUCUCAACUCAUCAAUCAUAUCUGGGCGGCUCUAGAUGCUGGGGAACAGCAGGUCUACUGGUUGGACGUGGCAUAUGAGAAGAAAAUGGGCACAAUGUUUGGUUGA